CUCAAAGUGUUAUAAGAGCUGAAGCUUUUAAGAACAAUAUUUGACGUCACGUCCCAUUUGACGCCAAAAUGAUAGGAAAAAUCCUUAUCCUAGCCACGGUGGCCGUGGCCAACGCCAGACAUGUUUUAGAGCCGGAGCGAGCGACGGUAUCAAGCGACCGUUGCAAACCGGGCAUUCACCAUCUACUGCCCCACGAGUGGGACUGCACGAAGUUCUACUACUGCGAGUAUGGAGAGAAGUGGGUCACCCCUAGAGACUGCGCUCCAGGGACUGAGUUCUCGUACGAACUUCAGAUUUUCCUGCUAUUGCCUCACCACGAAGACUGCAAUAAAUUCUACACAUGCGAUCACGGGAAGGAGGUCCAAGUGGUUUGCCCAUCGGAAACCAUCUUUGAUUUCGUAGAACAGGGUUGCAACUGGUCCUGGGCUACUUCGUGCGUUCUUCGCAAACGGGAAGACGAUUCUUCCAGCGAAGAGUCUGUGGAAGGAUCCGGAGACAGCAGCGAAGAGCUCUGGCAUCCGAAGCCGAAGGACAACGGCCAUGUUGGUGAGGGAGUAAAAUUAGGUCUCAUGCAUCUGCUGAGCGAGGCCGCAGUCAAACCGUCGGAGGCGCACGCCUUCAGCACCAUCUUGGAUUGCGAAAACUCGGAGUCGGCUGCCAGACGCUUACCGUACAGAGGUGACUGCCAGCGUUACUGGCGUUGCUCCAACGGCGUCCCCGAAGCUAUCUUCUGUUCCGACGGCCUGUUCUUCAACGAGCGCACGCAACAGUGCGACCUCGAAGCCAAUAGCAAGUGUACAGAUGUACAACAUAACGAGCUGGGCGGGGAAUUUAUAGAGUACAAGUAAAGUUAUGUGAGAUUGGAAGACCAUUAAGUGAGAAUUAACUUCGGUUCGGCUCAGUAUUGGAUACCAUUAGAGCGUUUGUUGACUGAAGAUGCC